UUUUUUUGAAUUUUGCUCAAAACAAUGAAAAAUGCUUCGUAAACAAAUCCGUGGUUUGGUGCACGGCAAAUGUUGUGCCUUUGAAUAACAAAGAGCUGAACUGUCAGGCGAAAAAUGCUAACCGCCAAAUUAGCUGUCAAACGCUCUGAAUACAGCGCAAAAACAAAGAAACGUCAUGUGGUGAAAUCAUUUGUGGGAUAAAGAGCACCGUUGAUAGUCACACAAGUAAAUGGGCAAUCUAAAGCAACUCCAUUGUAAAAUGUGUUAAGUUUAAUUGUAUUAAUGAAAAUUUCGUAUCAUUUCAUCCGAUUUGUUGUUAGUUUCGUGUUAUAUUAUUGCGUUAGAAAUGCCAGAAUUCGUGAUUGGUGGGAUUCCUGUGUCGUUUCCGUUUGAACCGUAUGAUGUUCAACGACGAUACAUGGAAAAGGUCAUCGAAAGUUUAGAUAAAAGUGCCAAUUCAGUGCUGGAAUCACCGACAGGUACGGGAAAAACGCUCAGUUUGUUAUGUUCAACACUGGGAUGGGUUUUGGAGAAGAAAAGACAAGUGCAGGCAAGUAUGGAUGAUCAGCUGAACAAAGUGGCAGCCUUCAACAAAGAAUAUGGAGUGAACACAGCAGCGUUACCACAACGAAAACAAAUGGCUGACCAUUUUAUCGAACAAUUGAAUGCGGCUGGAAAUCAACAGACAAAUGCCAUGCUGGGCGUUCCACGCGUAAUUUAUGCCAGUCGAACUCAUUCGCAAAUUUCACAAGCCAUGCAAGAGCUCAAACGAACUGAAUACAAUCACAUGAAAGCCGCCGUGAUUGGUUCGCGUGAUCAGCUUUGCAUUCAUCCAGAUUUGGCCAAGGAAUCGAAUGCCAACAAAAUCCAGUUGUGCAAAAUCAAGGUGACGAAUCGCGUUUGCCAAUUUCACAAUCGUCUUGAUUCGCAAAAAGAUAAUCCAGAGUUUCGUCAAAGUGGUGUACUUGAUAUCGAAGAGCUGGUUCGCAUCGGCAAGAAGUUAAAGUGUUGUCCAUACUAUGCGUCGAAAGAGUUUGUCGAUGAUGCCGAAAUCAUUUUCAUGCCGUACAAUUACUUGCUCGAUCCAAAAAUGCGAAAGGCCAACAAAAUUGAUCUCCAAAACACAAUAAUCAUCCUCGAUGAAGCGCACAAUGUGGAAAAAAUGUGCGAAGAAUCGGCUUCGGCUGUCAUUAACUCAACACAAAUCGCAUUGGCCAUUGAAGAUGCGACGCAUGUUCUCAACAAAUUGGUGAACAGUGAUGGUUCGCUGGCGCAAAUUGGAGCUGAUAUGGAAAAUAACGAUGCACCCGAUUUCACAGUCGAAGAUUUGGCAUUGCUAAAGGAGCUGUUGUUGUCAUUGGAAAAAACAGUCGAUGAAGUAAAUCUUCCGAACGCAAUGAGUGGCGAAACAUUCACCGGCGGCUACAUAUUUUCAAUGCUCGAAAAGGCCAACAUUACACAAGGAAAUAUUGAAGCGAUCACAAAACUGUUGGAUACUUUAAUCGCGUACUUGGCAACCGAUUCUGAAGCGAGCGGUUCCGUUUUCCGACGAGGUGCUGGACUACAGCAUAUGCACGAGUUUUUGCAAAUCGUUUUCUCAAGUUCGUCGGAUGACUUGCGCCAACGCAUGGACCGAUGUUAUAAGGUUUACAUUGAACAGGAACCACAGAAACAAACACGCGGUGCCAAAACGAAUGAAGGUGGAUGGAUUCAACCGAAAGCAGCUCUCAAAUCCAAAUCAUCCGGCAAAACGGUUAGCUUCUGGUGUUUCAGCCCUGGAUUUGGGAUGCAACAUUUACUCGGUCGAAAUGUGCGUAGCAUCAUUUUGACGAGUGGAACAUUGGCUCCGCUAAAGCCGUUGAUCAGCGAAUUGGACAUUCCAAUAUCAGUUCAACUGGAAAAUCCCCACAUCAUCAACAGUGACCAAGUGUGCGUGAAAAUCAUUGGUCAAGGCUCAGAUAAAGAGAUGCUCAACUCCAACUUCCAGAAUCGAGACAACAUGAAGUACAUCAUGUCACUUGGUAGAACGAUAUCAUCCCUUUGUCCGGUCAUACCAGGCGGUCUGUUGGUGUUCUUUCCCUCAUAUUCCGUGAUGAAUAAGUGCAAAACAACCUGGCAGGAAGAAGGAGUGUGGUCAUCGAUUGAUCAAAAGAAACCAAUUUUCGUUGAGCCUCAAACGAAAGAAGCAUUUGUCACCACAAUGACGGACUACUAUGCGAAAAUUGAUGCGCCGAAUAGCAAGGGUGCCACAUUCAUGGCGGUGUGUCGUGGAAAAGUAUCCGAAGGAUUGGAUUUUGCCGAUAUGUACGGUCGAGCUGUCAUAAUCACAGGCCUGCCAUAUCCACCAUUCAAAGAUCCCAAAAUCGUUUUGAAGAAGAAAUACCUGAACGAGAAUCGAACGCGACAGAAUGAAUUGUUGUCCGGAGACGAUUGGUAUUUCUUGGAAGCUUCACGAGCUGUGAACCAAGCCAUUGGUCGUGUCAUUCGUCACAAAAAUGAUUACGGCGCAAUUCUAUUGUGUGACACCCGAUUUCACAAUUCACGGCAAAAGAAUCAGUUGUCGCGAUGGAUUCAAGGUCACUUGCAAAGACAAAAUGGAAAUCAACCAUUCGGUCCAAUGAUUGGCGAACUCGCUCGAUUCUUCCGAAAUGCAGAGAAAACGCUGCCACGGCCUGGUUUAGAACCACUUCCAUGCAAAACUGAGCCGAAAGAUUCGAAAUCGGGAAUAACAGACAUGGCUUGGGCAUCAGGGCCAAAGUACAAGCUAUCGGCAGAGUCACAGGAAAAAAUCAAGGAGAUCAGCUUGAACCAGGUGCCGAAGGCCAAUGAAGCAUUUUGUAUGGACAUGUACAAACAUUCUGCCGCUCCAACGAUGGCAAGCAAAAAAGUGGAUCUAUUUAGUGGCUUGAAUCAAGGCGUGAAGACCAUCGAUUUCAACAAUGUUUCCAUCAAUGUUGGCGACAAUUCUCCGCAAGUCACAAUCCACAAGCGAAACCGUAGCGGCGAAGAGAACAUCAGUCCAAGCAACUCUUUUGAAUCGCCUCCAGGCGGUUCGGCCGACAGCGAUUUGCCGAAAAAGAAGAAGUACAAAAUCGUUCCAAACAGUUUCACAUCGCCACCGCCAGUGGCACCAACGCGAAAACCCACCUCAAGUUCAGUUUCUACUACGGCAUCAAACAAAACGUCAAACUCGGUUUCUAGCCCAUUUUUCAACGCAAAACCGGCAACCGCAGUAGUAAAAAAAGAGGACACUACAAGCAAAAUGGUGAAGAAAGAAGACACAACAGUCACUGCCGUCAAUGAACUGCCAACUGAUCGAAAAGAUCUGUUGAAAUUCAUAAGAAACACCCUCAACCAGGACAAGUACAACCUAUUUUUACAAACGUUCAUCGCGUAUAAUAGCAACAACGAUUAUGAGGCAUAUCGAAAGAAUUUAUUUUCGAUAUUUUGCGAGAAGCAGUGGAUUUUCAUCCUGAAAGGAAUGAUUCGUUUCACACGCGCAAGUCAUCGUGUCACAUUUCAAAAAGACGUCGAAGAUUUCAUUCAAAAAUUGUCAUAGGCCAAUAGAGUUUUAAUUUAUCUGUCGAUUCAAUCGAAUUACAUGUGAAAUUUUGUUUACGUAUUGUAAAUAAUUCGGUCAAUAUUUGCGAAAUUAAAGUAUAUUUUGAAUAUUUUGAAA